GUCCUGGAAGCUCCCAGACCAGAGCAGGCCUGUUUCUAUAGGCCUUUUGCCACCAAAAUUUCCACUUCGGCCCCCAAAUUCCAGAAGGGGGUGGGAAUUUUUGUGCCUUCAGUGGAAAUCGAAGCAAUUUGGUGUCUUCCAGGAGAGGUGACUGGAUCAAAGUUUGAUGUCCUCUGGAAAAGGUGACUGGGAAGAAGAGAUUUGGUUUCCACCAAGAACCAACAGGGAACUAAAGGCGCAGUUUGUUCCAGGAAAGGAGGAAGUUGCUGGAGAAGUUGAUCUUAGGUGUUAAUUAGGGGUCCUGUUGAUUGAUUAAUUUAAUCACAAAUGAGAAGAUAGGUGGCCCAGCUGUUCCUGGAAGAGGCUGAUGAGUAACUCCAUCUAAGACAGCUGCAUUUUGAGGCUGACAGGAGAGAUGGGUGACGCGGAGGUAUUGUUUGGGGUCCCAAAUUGAUUGAUCCAUCCACGUUGAUGGCAAUUCUGUCGGAUCCAGGGAAACUGACCAGCCGCUUGGUUGGGUAGCAACUGGGGAGAUCCGGUAGAUUCCAAAUCAUCCAAUUAUUGAUCAAGAAGGAACAAUGAUUGGGGAACUGGUGAUCAAUCGAUUGGUUGCCUAGUGACAGGACAGAACCCCGCUGGGGAUCCGUCCAGAACAGUCAGUCUUGGGAUCUAAUUGAUCAGAGAGACGCAAGAUUGAUGGGAGUUGGGCCUCAAAGGGAGAAAUUGGCCAGAGGUUGGAUGCAAGGAAGAACAUAAUUGACAACCUGUCGGCUGUGGAGGGAGAUAUUGAUUGAAGCUUUGCUGCCCCGGUCAAUACAAUUGCAUGUUCAGUGCUGGCGGUAAGGGAGAAUCAAUUGGAGAUGCCCUGGUAUUGAUCGAUCCAUGGGAAAAUCACAGUCUUGGCAACAGUUGUUGGAUUCAUUUCAUUUUGAGGUCCAGAAGUGCUGGAGGCCUGAGUCAACUUCCUUGAGGGCCGUUGGCUGAUUGCAGAGCGUAUUGAUCGCAGCUCAGAGCGGGGAACUGACCCAUUCAUGCCCUGGCAGUGAAACUGACCAGACUCUCAGGAACAUUGAUCAGAGACUUGAAACUGAUCACGGGGAAGAAACUAACCGGAAGCUCUAGAGGGGGAAGAAGCCAAUUGCUUGAGGGAUUAUAGAUCCACCUAGCUUUUCCGGAGAGAGAGAGAAACCAACUGAUUCGCUUUUCCUGCCUCCAAGAGGGAAUUGAUCACGCGCUGGGGGACUUGAUUGGGGGAUAUCGAGGAGAAACUGACCAGAUCCUCCGACAGGGACUGAGGUUGGGGGUCAGCAGUAUUGAUGGGACUGAUAUUGAUUGAUUGGGACAGAAACGCUCAGCUCCAAGGAGAAGAAACUGACCAGAAACUCUAGAGGAAGAAGAAAACAGUUGCUUGGAGGCUUAUAGAUUGACUAGUUGGGGAUCAGCUUUCCUGGGAAGCGAGAACCCAACUGAUUGGCUGUAGUCCUGUGCCAGAAGGGAAUUGAUUGAUUGGUCCAUACAGAGAAGCUCAGCUCCAAGGAGAAACUGAUCAGAUCCUCCAGGGGGGGCUGAGAUUGGGGUCGGUGAUACUGACACAACUGUUAUAGAUCAGUUGAUUGGGACAGAGACUCUCCUCUCCAAAGGAGGCUCAGGUCAGUGUGGGUGAUACUGACACAACUGAUAUUGAUCAAUUGAUUGACUGAUUGAUCAGGACAGAGACUCUCAGCUCCAAGGAGAAACCAGCUUGCUCCUGCAAGGGGGACUAACAUCAGGGAUACUGACAAGACCUAAUAUUGGUCAGUUGAUCAAUCGGGACACAGGCUGUCAGCUCCUUGGGGACUGCGAUCAGUGUCAGUGAUAUUGACGAGAUUGGUAGUGAUUGCAGGGCUGAGAGCUGGAGAGAGGCUGGAAAAGAGGGAAGGGGCUGGAGUAGAACCAGCACAGAGGAGCUGAGAAACCGACUGGACCCUCCCGGGGGCUGCGAUCAAGACUUGGUGAUAUCAACGAGCCUGAUCCCAACCUCGCAUCCAUGGCAGGGCUGCCAUCAUUCGGCCGCUACACCCACGCCGUGGUACGGCGCCUGCCUGGCUCCCUGGGGGAGGCAGUGGAGGGGCUGGGGGAGCCAGUGGACCUGGCCAAGGCACAGCGGCAGCACGGGGUGCUGGUGGGGGUCCUGCGCCAGAAGCUGGGCCUGCAGGUGGUAGAGCUGCCCCCUGACGAGGCUCUGCCCCGCUCUGCGUUGCUGGAGGAUGCUGCCGUAGUACAGGGGGACACGGCGCUGCUCACGCGGCCCUGGGAGCCUGCACGGCGGGCAGAGAUCAGCGGCAUCAGGAAGGUGCUGGAGGAGCUGAAACUGCGGGUGGUCGAGGUGGCGGACGAUGGAGCCACCUUGGAUGGCAGCGACGUGCUCUUCACAGGCCGGGAGUUCUUUGUGGGCAUCUCCAAAUGGACCAAUCACAGAGGAGCUGAGAUGGUGGCCGAUGCGUUCCGAGACUUCGCUGUCUCCACGGUGCCUGUGCUGGGCUCCUCCCACCUGAAGAGCUUCUGCAGCAUGGCCGGACCCGACACCAUCGCCAUUGGCAGCAGCGAGGCUGCCAGGAAGGCCAUGAAGGUACCGAGGCCUGAGGCUGGGGUCGAUGGGCACAUGGGGGCAGGAAGCUGUGGGUCAGGAGUGAGGAUGGGCACCGGCGGCGCCGCCCUCGUCCACCGCAGCCCAGAGGAGUGUCCUGGUGGCCUCCAGCCUUUCCAGAAGCUUCUGGACUGCACCCUCAUCCCGGCGGCCUGCAGUGAGGUGGCCAAGCUGGGGGGCACGCUCAGCUCCUGCGCCCUCCUCAUCAACAAGAAGCUGGACCUGUAGUGCCUUAGGGCCCCCCAAAAUAUGGGGGUGCCCUAACCCCCCACCUUCAGGGCUGGGGGGACUUCCCUCCCCUGCAGAGGCAGCUCCUGUGAUCCCCCGCUGCCCCUCCUCCAUCAGUCUCCUUCCCUCCCUCCCAAACUUGGGGUUCACUCAG